AUGUUCUCUAUGAACCCCCCCAACUUUUCCGCCCUCCACCCCGUCCACACUCUCAUCCUCGACGAGCUCAUUUCCUCCGCCCCUUACUCUGCUCUUCGUCUCUGCUCGCCACACCACAAAGGCACCAUUCCCGAGCUUUAUCGGGACACCUCCUCAUCGCCUGCUGUCUUCAGAGGUCUGCUGCUGCAAGUGGAGUAUGAGAGACCAGAGGAGGCCUUUGAGAAUACGGAGACUAUACGCAUCAACUUUAAGGCUGUCGACUGA